AUGGCGGUCGACGAUGGCUAAGCUUGCAGUUCCUUGGAAGCGUUCAUCUAUCGGAAGCGCCGAGCAACAUUCGUACCGAUCUGAUUGUGACGGGCAACAAUCGGCGCAUUCGUCAAGGACAAAGCCUUCGCAAAUCCCGAUAAAAGGGGGGAAGUGAGCCAUGUAUGAGCUAACAGCACAGGUCACCAGCAGCCUGCUGCCUUUCCCAGCAGUGACCCUCGAGGCUGUUGGAGAGGAUGAGAUAACGCAGGACUCUUUGCUUCAAGGCAGGUUUACUGUUGGUCGUGGAGGACAUGCUUGGCUCGCUUGUGGGCCCUAUCUCGAGUUUGUCCACGCACUGACCGGAGAACGUCUGUCUGCGUACCGCUUCAGUAGCGAAGGGGAGCACCCGCCCAGCAUCCUCACCGCGAGGGACUUUAGAUGGCUCAAAAGGUCUGGAUUGCUGGUGGGCUUAGAGGAAACCGAAGGCAGCGUGCUGUGUCUUUAUGACUUGGGACUAUCCAGGGUUGCCAAAGCUGUGGUUAUUCCAGGAAGAAUUACAGCCAUAGAACCCUUAGUGAGCUAUGGUGGAGCAAGCACCUCCACCCAGCACCUCCACCAGAGUCUUCGCUGGUUCUUUGGCAUUGCUGCCGUAGUAACGGAUCUCGGCCAUGUUCUGCUAGUGGACCUCUGUCUGGACGACCUCUCUUGCAACCAGAGCGAGCUGAAGGCUUCAGGUUUGCAAGUAGUGACCAAAACUCCAAAAGAGAUUCCCAAGCUUCGGGAAGUGAGCACCAGAGAGGGCAGACAUCUUUCCCUCCAGCUAAAUGGGCCGAGUGGUGUGUCAGCCACAGCACUGCACUACAUCCCUAGAACAAACCAGCUGGCCGUGGGCUUCUCUGAUGGCUACUUGCAGCUUUGGAACUUGAAGUCUCUCAGAAAAGAAUACCACUCCCAGUUAGAUGGUGGCAGAGUACCCGUUCAUGCCUUCACCUUCCAGGAGCCGGAAAAUGACCCCAGGAACUGCUGCUACCUCUGGGCUGUCCAGUCUUCUCAGGAUCAAUCCACCCAGUAUCACCUCUCACUUCUUUCACACCCACACAGAGAGGGAGAUAUGGUCAGUCUCAGGCUGCUACAGAUGGCUUUUAGUGAGCGGAAGUGUCUAGCCUCAGGGAAGAUCCUCUAUGAGGGUUUAGAGUACUGUGAGGAGCGUUACAGUCAGGAGCUCAGUGGUGCAGCUUUUCCUCUCAGAGCCCAAACCAUCAACACCCGCCUGCUGUGCUGCCAGACCAUCGAGAAAUUCCGACCCCACCCAGACAGGGAUGACAGCAUGAAUGAAGUCGCAUCUCCAGACACCAGCGUUGCCAUCUUUAGCUGGCAAGUCAAGGCCUACGGACAGGGAACGCCAUCUACUUACAUUGGGAUUUUUGACAUCAACCGUUGGUACCAUGCACAAAUGCCAGACUCAUUCAGAAUGGGCGAGUCUUUGCAGAACUGUCCCUACCUUGCAAUUUGGUGUUUGAACCCAGUGACACAAAUGGCUUCGCCGCACACCCUACUGGAUGUGGUGGUACAGGAUCACAGUCUCAGCAGAGGUCUGCCUUUAACUUUCCCCCCACCAGAACAGUACUUCAACCCAACCGCAUAUAACUUUGAUGCCACCUGUUUAUUCAACUCUGGAAUUGUCCAUUCAAAUUGCUCUGGAUAUCAGAAAGAGACCUUGAGCUUUUUGAAGAAAGCUGCUCCCUGUUCCAGGGACCUCAUCUCCAGCAGCUAUUCACGUUGCCUAAUGUCAGGCCUUCUGUCAUCUCGCCUUGUGGACGCCCACACCUCCAGCAUCUCGCAGGAGGAGCAGCUGGAUGCCAUCCUGUCAACUGCUUUAGAGACUAACUCUUUGGGACUUAUCACUGGUUGUAUAAAGCAGUGGACUGCAGAGGAACAACCUGGCUCUGCACUAAACCUGCGCUACAUCUUGGAUUGGGCCUGGAACAAAGUGACCCAGACCAAGGAGGAACUGGAUGGCAUCUGUGCACCGCUGUUCGACACCUCGUCCAACUUCACGGAUCCUCAGACCAUGCAGCUGCUGCAGCACAGCCAGAGGCUACUGGAGAAUCUCAGAACCAUCUUCCACUGUCUGCUCACUGAAGCGCAGGAGCUCACGCAGAAUGGUCUACUCGGUCUGAUCAACAAGAAUGUGGUGUCCAGUCUGAUUUCCAAGUACGCACAAGUGGUCCUCUGGUUCUGUCGCACUGGCCUGCUGCCCGAAGGUUCAGAUGUUGAUGCCAUGCAGAUCCCUAGGCCUUUCUACAGUCACUCAGUCAUCAGCAACUAUUACUCUAUUCGCAGGGAGGAUCUCACCACUCUAGCGAAGGGCAAGUGGUGUGCAGACUGUCUGAUGAUUGACAGUUUGAUCAGGCAAUGUGGAGAGCAGUUGAACAACCUCUGGAAAAGGGAUGAAGGUGGAACAGGACAGUACCCACCACCUACCCUUCAUGCUUUGCUGGAUAUUUAUCUUCUGGACAGCGUUGAUGGGGCUGCAAAACAUGCGAUUGUAAUCUAUUUAUUGCUAGAUGUCAUGUACUCUUUCCCCAGUAAGGAGGGCGCGUCAGUUGAGUCAUUUCCCACAGCGUUUGACAUCCCUGUCGGAUUAGUUAAACUGGUGCAGGGCCUCUGGCUGUUGGACCACCGUGACUACCAGGGUUCAUUCGAGCUGCUCCUGAAUCCAUCCGCCUCUCAGUGUCACUUUGACUGGCAGCAUGAGCGAGUCCUGCAAGCACUAAUGUGCCAGGGCCAACACUCAUUGGCACUCCGCUAUUUUUACGUUACAAAGCCCCCCAUUUCCUCAAUUUCCCAGGCCAGACUGUGUCUGGCUGUACUGCUACACAACAGGUGUCUCACUGAGGCAUGGUCAUUACUACGGCAACACUCGAGUCAUCUCAAUGUGGCCGAGCUGCACAGCUUCCUGUACGAGAGCUGCCAGGAACUGGGUCUCAUCAAAGAGCUACUCAAACUGCCCCUCGGCCCCACUGAACAGGAAACUUUGGAGAAGUUUCUUCACAGUGCGGGUGGUGUCCAAAACAGGGAAAUACUGUUGGUUCAUUACCUUCAGCAAGCCAACUACAUACCUGCCCUACGACUCAACCACAGCCUCAAAAUGCACCUUGUGAACGAGCGUGACCCAACGCUUAAAGAGCGAUCAAACACCCGCAACUCUAUAUUAGAUCAGUAUGCCAGAGUUUUGCCCAGAGUUCAGAGGAAACUGGCAAUGGAGAAGGCUAAAACCUACCAACAUCCCAGCACCAUCCGCAAAGAAGUGACUCGUCCACAGCCACUGUCAACUAUCAGCAAGCGUUCUGCCAAUGGGAAGGUGAUAUCCAGGGCGGGUUUCAUCAACAAUGUCCUGACCAAGAUUGAGGAGUUGUGGUUGGCUAAAGGAGAGACGCCACAGUCUUCCCCUGAUAGGAAUCCAAGAACUCCUGGAUUCCUGAGUCCACCACUUAAAACUACAUCCCAAACCCAAGCAGAACCAUUCCUGGGAACUCCAAUUUCUAUGAGCUCAAAACGAAAGUCAAGGUUGAUAGACAUGGUGGUUCAUCCCUCCUGUCACACCCCUCGACCUCUUCUCAGUCCUGCCAGACCUUCUUGGGCCAUUCUCAAAAGCACCACUAAGGCCCCUGAAUUUAACCUGCUGCAAACUCCACUGAUUGUGAAGCGUGCUCGUGCCCUAGCUGCUUCCAGCAGAGUCUUCUCAGCCUUCACCCCUCAGUCCAUCCUUCGCAGUAGCCAGAGGCCCACUCCCAUGGCCACUCCCUCCGCAUCUCCCAGGAAAUCCAUCACACCGCCGCUUCGCAGCAAAGAGAGCAGGAUCACCUUUAGUGAAGUGGCUGAGUCUCCUGAACCAGAAAAGGAUAUCCACUGGACCAACGGGAUGGCAGCAAACAGUGAGAUAAGCCUGCUCACCAGAGGAGCCAGCCUGUCUCACACACGUAAGACAUGGUCCGUUCAAAUGGAUGAAGAUGAAGAAGCAGACCCACCCCAUGUGAAGUUCAUGCCUCCUGAAGGUGGUAUUCCUUCACCACAGCUGAGAUGCUCUCUGAGGGAAUCAUUUUCUAUUCACGAAGCUGCAGAAUCAACCAAACCGUCGGAGGCGGCACAAGCGCAACUUAGUUUGAGCUUUGACACCAGCCAGAGUUUCCGGUCAACAGACACCACUCUGGAAUACUAUGAUGCUGUUCUCCCAGCCGACCAUCGAGAGGAAGGAGGGCAUAUCAACACAGAGAAAGGCGAUGACGUUGUGACUGUGAACCUCAAGUUUUCAAGUGAAAGUGAAAAGCUAGAAUCAGAGCAGAACUCUAUUCCACCUACUCCUCUGCAGAUAGCAAAUGACGCUGACCAUGAAGACCAGGAGCUGAAGGACGAAGAGACAUUUGAAGAUGUGAUGGAGAUUGCUGUGGAACAAGAGCAGUACAACAAAGAAGAAGCUGAGUGCAAAAUGGAGAAUGAAGUAGACCAUGAAUCAGGUAGCAAACAAGAAGAUCCUGAAGGUUUUGAAAAAGAAGAACCAUCCUGUCAUGGUGGUGAGCUGGUGGACACUGCCCCAGAGACAGAAUCACAGUCAUUGAUCACUGAGGAGAAUACCAUCCAGUCAGAAUUCCUUGAAUCUACCGCCACUUUAGAGCACCUGAAAGCAUGUGGAGACUCUCAAGCCAUCAUGAUCACACAGCAUGUAACCGCAUGUGAAGAUGGUGAAGUCACAAAGUUCAUUCAGCGCAUGAAUGCAUUUGGAGAUACCGAAGCUACUGUAUUCACUGAGCCUGCGCAAACAUGUGGAGAUUCUCAGCCUGCAGAUCUACCACCAGAGAAUCUGGAGCAAUCAACAGAUCUGACAGAGUUUGUGGAGCGACAUUUGUUUGGUAGUGGUCUGUCCCCUCCUCUGACCCGCUCUGGAAUCCAUGUCUUAUCCCAGACACCCCCUAGCGGUGCGGUAGAAGAGGAAGAGCAGGCUUCUGCUGAAGCUCCACCCAUGUUCAUCAACCAAAAUUCCACCCCCUCUGUGACGUCUUCUGAGCCAACAGGGACAGACUCCCACUCUGUUGUGAGUGUGAACGAAAGCGAAGAACUUUCAAGCUCCGAGGAUGAGGAGGAGGAUGAGGAGGAGGAGGAUGAGGAGGCGGCGGAGGAGGAGGAAGAAGAAGAAGAAUCUGAUGAGGCAGAAGAAGAGUGUAAUGAAGAGGAGGAUGACUCUGGUAGUGAAGUGGAGAUCAUUGAGGAGAUCCAGGGCAACGGGAGCCUGCGAGCCCUCCCACCAGACUCUGCCUUUAUCCAUGAUGAACAUCACUUCUUACCGAUGUUGUCGGAGCAGGAAGCUGCAGAGUUUUCUCUUAUCCCGCCAGGUGUUGAGAUGAAGGUGGUCGGAGAGGAAAUGGAAGGCGAAGUAUUAAUGGUGAGACUUGGCGCUGAUACAGAAGCGAUUGAGGCGCUCGAGGUUGAGGGUCCAAGGUCGUCCUACAUGGAGCUUAAACCUUCAACCACUCUCCUGGUUCCUCUCGAGCUUGUGGACGGCCAACAAGAGGUGAUUGACAGCUCCCCCCUACAACUGCCUGAGAUCCAGCAACCCGUCGUGCCAGAUGAGCAGAGGUGUGAAAAUCAUGGCACCUUCUCGUUAAUGCUGGACGUGGAUGAGGAUGGGGAUAAAGAGGUGGCUAUGAUGCCAGUGGAUGAUUAUCUGCAGUCAUCAGAACCAAUUGUAGUGCCCACUGAUGACCUGGCGACACAACCAGAGAUUAUUCUUCUGGCCCCGGAUGCUAUCGAGUUUGAGGAGGCCAUACAAGAAGAUGAGAGGACGGAAAUGGAGCCUGUGGAUGGGAUUCAAAUCGAUGGUCAGACUGACCUACAGUACAAUUACACUGAGGCAGAACUGAAGGUGGAAGACGCUCAAGAACAAAUAGAUUCUAAAGAUCUGGAGCCUGCCAUUCUACCAGACUCUGAGUCUACACCGGUGGAGGAACCUGCAGAGGUUUUGGAAGACAGAGAAGGUAAAAAUUCUGUACUAGCACAAGAUGCCAAUGAGGAGGAGAUGGAACAAGAGGAAGGCAAACCUAAAUUUACUGAGGCCCAGAAAGACUAUGAAGACAAUGAGCCUGCUAAGAUGGAAGGAACUGUCACUCAUCCAGAGCCCACAAGCUCUUUGGAGGAAGAACAGCAGCUUCUGGGCCCCACAGACCUGGAUAGCAAGGAAGAACAUCCAAGUGAGACCAAAACAAUUAGUGAAGAGGUUCAAAAUGAUUUCACUUCCACAACAGAACCUGAAGAUGUCCCAGAGACUUCAACUUCUCAAAAGACCGUUCAGUUCACUCCUACACGGAUGACAACACGGACGAGGCGAACGGUUACGUUCAUCUCUCCCCUUCCUGUGGAACUGCCCAGUCGAACACCUAGAAACAAAGAGACCAAAGUCCGAGCCAGCACACCUCGGAGAAGCUCUCGCAGAGCUCCACCUGAACUUUCUCAAAUGCAGGAAGAAAGUUCAAAGAAGCAGGACAUUGUUGAUGAUGCUACAGCAGUUUUCCAUACCUCCUCUGUUGCUUCUCCUUCCAGACAACAAGCUUCUCAAAGAGCGACUCCAGUAAGAACUAGACAAACAAGUGGAAGUAAGGACAAAUCUGAUGCCAGAGAGGAGGAACCUGAAGAUGUCACUAAUGCAAACAUUGCUCCUGAAGUAGCCACCAGGAUUUCCAUCCUAGACAAACGCAAGAGCUCUCAGACAAGCACCCCGAGGAGGUCCAGUCGUAGAAUCCUUAACAGCGAUGAGGUGUUGCAAACAACACUGGAGGUAAUAAGGGAGGAGAAAAAAGAACACAAGGUUUUUUCACAAGCUGUCAAACGUAGCACCAGAAAGACAAGGCUCAAACCAUCAAAGGAGGAAGAGGACAAUACCCAGCCCAAAUCCAGCCCGAGUAGAGCGACACGUCAGUCCAGGCGCAUCACUCUGAAUGUCAAUCCACAGAGCGCAACAAAGAUGGAGGCGAGCAUUGGUGAUGCCGUGGAUGAGCCUGCACCAAGCAACACUGCGUAUCGCCGGCGGACAACUAGAGGCAAACUUUGGGACCACCCGGAGGAAGACCUCUUUUUACUGCACACACCUUUAAAAGCGGAUUCUGAAGCCCCAGUAGCAGACGCCCUCAUCAAGAGGCUUCAAGACGAGGAGGAGAAGCCGAAAGUAGGAGUUGUCAGAAAAAUAUUAAAGACCAGGAGGACACCAUCCGUGGAUGUCCUGGUGGUAGAUCCUGCGGAGGAUGAGACCAGCCCAGGAGAACAUUUAUUCCUUCACUUGCCCUCACGAAGGAGAACAAGAGCAGCCAGCAGAGCAGUGUCUCCAGGUCCUGGUGAAGAUGUUCCAGGUGCCGUCACUUGCAGCAAGAGAAGUGUCAAAAGUGCAUCAAAGGAAGAAUUCACUUCAGAAGCAGACUAUGUGGAAGAGGACAAGGCAGCUUCCAAAAUCAGAAAAACUGCCAAGCGAAAAGCCAAAUCCGCCUUGGAGCCACUUCCAGCAGUCGAAGCAGAUCUGAUCUCACCACUGUCCAGCCCGGCCAAUCAGGCCCCGCAAGCCCAGAAGAGGAUAAAGGAAGCGGGCUCUCAGAGGUUGUCCAUCAUGAACUUGCGCCGUAAACGCAUAAUGGACAGCGUUUUCACCAAGCCCAUCACACGCAGGAAGAAGCUCUGAUGGAAAAUGUAUUCCGACUCUUUAAGUGAUGCUCAGUGCAUUUCGAGGAAGUUCAUCAGUGGCCAUUUUGAUUGGGUUUGAUGCUGGCAGCAGUCAGCUGCUAGUCAUUUUACAGACGUUCUCAUAAAAAAUCAAGGGUGAAAAAAGUCAACUUGCCGCUUGUGAGGAGGCAUUAAAUCAGUGGUGUCCAAACUGCGACCCCUAGGCCAUUUGGAUCCCGUCAUCCAUUUUUCAGCGGCAUGGCACGACAUGGCUGCAAUGGCAGUUAACAAAAAAGUGGGUUGAAGGGGGUGGAGUUUGGGUGUUGCAAAAAAUGGGCUUGGGUGGAGUGUUACAACCCACAUACCAUGAAUUUGGGGGGGGGGGGG